AUGUCGGAGCCGCUCCUCGACGUCUGGGAGGCUGCGUCUGCCUCGCCGUUUCGACCCACCGUCGGCAAAGGCUCCCAAUUUACACUCGGCUUCACGUUAUUGCUGAUUUCUUUCGUCCUUGCUGGCAUCUUUGGCCUGAAUCGGUCUUUCGCCAACCUCCCUCUGCUCGGCAUACCUGCGUCCCUAGCAUUUGGAUUUGGAGCUGUCUACAUGAUCUGCGCGGUCGGAGUUUACGUGUAG